AUGGAAAAGGAGAACAAGCAGCAACAAGUAGUGGUGGAGAGUGUAGCAAUAUCAGCUGGAGUUGAGCACGAGAAUGGGCCGUUGAUCGAAGAUGAGACGGAAAGGAGCAAAGUCGGCAUUAUGAGAGCUCUUUGCGAACGACAAGAUCCCUCCACUAAGGAAGUGGAUGACCUGAUGAUCAGAAGGUUUCUUCGUGCGCGUGACAUGGACAUUGAAAAGGCUUCAGCACUAUUUUUCAAGUACCUUGCUUGGAAAAAAACCGUUAUGCCAAAGGGAUACAUACCAGAAUCAGAGAUUGCGAAUGAUCUGUCGCACAAGAAAGUGUGCAUGCAGGGACAUGACAAGAAGGGUCGUCCUAUCCUUGUUAUCCUUGGCAACAGACACAACCCUUCCAAAGGCAACCCUGAGGAGUUCAAGCGUUUUGUAGUCUACUCGCUGGACAAGAUAUGUGCAAGAAUGCCAAGAGGUGAAGAAAAAUUCAGAGCCAUAGUAGAUCUAGAAGGGUGGGGAUAUUCUAAUUGUGACAUCCGGGGCUACCUUGCUGCUCUCUCCAUUUUACAGGAUUGCUAUCCAGAGAGACUAGAUAAACUCUAUUUUGUUCGUGCUCCCUACAUUUUCAUGACCGCAUGGAAGGUGAUUUACCCGUUUGUUGACACCAACACCAAGAAAAAGAUUGUUUUCGUGGAGAACAAGAAACUGACUCCCACUCUGCUUGAAGACAUCGAUGAAACUCAACUUCCAGAUAUCUACGGUGGCAAAAUUCCACUUACUCCUAUUCAUGAUUCCCAUUGA